AUGGACGAAGACGGUGACGCAGGUGAAGACUUGGACUGUCCAAGCCUUCUGUGUGAGGAACUGGAGGAUUUGUCAAAAAACAGCAACCGAGGGAACAUGAGCAGGAGGAGAAGGAGGAGGAGGAGGAAGAGGAGGGAAAUGGAGGAGGAAGUGUUUAGUCAGUGGGAGGAUGAAGAGGCAGUAGAGGAGACAUGGCGAGAAGAGAAGGAUGGGGAGGGGGGAAAAGAAGAGAAAGUUGUGACAGAGGAAGAAGAGGAGGAGCAGGUGAAGCCUGAGAGUGGGCUGAAAGCGGGGGCGGCACAGGAGGUGCAGAUGGAAGACGACAAGAUUGAGAAGGCCAAGGAAACAAUUGCUGAUGAACAAGAGAGUACAGUGACAAAGCGCUUGGCACAAAAAGAUGAGCAGAAGAAGAGUAAGAAGAAGCGAGGGAGGAAGCAAAGUGAGCAGGUGAGAAGUAAGAGAGGAGUAAAGGAUGUUGGUGAGAGGUCUGAGGAGGAGAAGAAAAGUGCGACACAGGAGGUGCCAGCGAUGAGCUCAGAGGAGACCUCGGCUCUGACGAACAGCUGUGACCUCUCUGACCCACUCUACUUGGGGUUUGGGGGGACAGGGCUGUGUUGUCCCCCAGUUCCCAUCCCCUUGCUGUACUCCUCGCAGCCUCCUGUCUCCAUCCAGCCCACAUGUCCUCAGCCACAGAGUAACAAAAGACCUCAUAGCCCCCUUCUGCCUCACAGUGUCCCCCAGCAGGGCCCACAACCACUUGAGAUGGAGAUAACGCAGGUAUACUCCACCCGACGCUCCAUCCGCUACAGCACCAGGGGCCGAGGUCGAGCCCUCGGCUUCCCACUGCUGCCAGGGAUAGAGUCUGUGGACAGCUGCCUGCUGCCACCUGCACCGAAGAAGAAAACACGGACGCUCUACAGCACAGAUCAGUUAGAGCAUCUAGAGGCCCUUUUCCAAGAGGAUCACUAUCCGGAUGCGGAAAAAAGGAAAGUGAUUGCUGCUUCAGUCGGCGUCACACCUCAGAGAAUUAUGGUCUGGUUUCAGAACCGGAGGGCAAAGUGGAGGAAAGUACGUGCUGUUACAGCAAAGGUGGAACAUGGACAGAGUAGAGCCGAAUACAGUCCACAUCACCAAAUCAAUCCCAUGCCCACACUGGCUCACAACAGUAAGGGAGCCGCUUCUUUGUCUCGUUAUUAUGCUCCCAAGCUACCCCAGCUUGCCCCUGUGCCACCUUCAUUCCCCACCAUAACCACUCAGAGCCCACCCUCCCACAGCAGCCUGUUGUCCAGCCUCAGCAGCCCAGGUGAAAGCAGAGUGAGGGAUACAGGCCAGCAACAGCUUUCAUCUCAGGAGGGUUUGGUGGAGUAUCCCCCCCGUCCCAUGCAGAGCCCUCCCCCUCUGCGGCGAGCCAGCCUUCCUCUUUUCACCUCGACCUUUAACUCUGCAAACCCCACUCCCCCUCUCCUCAACACACCAGCCCACACCCCACCCCUCUUCCUGGAUGCUCUGGAGGGUGGCUCUACCUUGGCCCACCGUGAGACCCAGUCUCUGCCGACUGACACCAGUUUGCUCUUUGACUUGGACUACCUGACGUCUAGCCAGCAGAGCAACACUCUGUCUUACCAGCUCCAGACCUCCUACCCCACCAGCCAGCCUCAGCUCCAACCUCAAGCAUCUCUGCCCCGCAUGACCUACCUCACACCAUCCCCCUACCUCACCCCUAACCCUCCAGAGUCUAAUCCUACUUCCUACCUGACUUUUGGCCCUGGAGGAAACUCGACAGGAGUGGUGACCUAUUCCACCACGGGUCAUGCCUACUUUCAGUCCCAGAGUGCAGGUCAAAUCCUACUGCAGUCAUCUGGUCACCACGCUGGGAUUACAGCGUACCAGUCUUACCCAUGGGGCAACAUGUACAGUCAGCCAGCCAUGCACCAGCGUACUCAGUGCCCUCCUGCUUACCCUGGCAGCUUGGGACCCGGUCGAGAGCACCAGCCUACCUCUUCCACCACCCUCCCUCUUCCUUCGUUCUUCCCUGGGGAGGACCAGGAGUCGUUGCAUGCAAAUUCCCAGAAUCCUUCACUCAACCAGACUUUCACAAGCAGCACCACCAGCACCACCACCGUCCUGCCACCUGUGUCAACGCUGCGGCACUCUUGCCUCAGGGUGGAGGAUACUCCAGCCAGGGAGUCAUUGCUAAUGCCCUCGCAGGUCAACACGGCCUCUCCAGAAAGCCCUGCAGUGCCCUCUUGUGUCAAACUUGAGUAUGACAGUCCUAGAGAGAUCCACAGCCACUUCCACUGCGACUUUUCUCCCAUACAUUUUUGACUUUAAGUGUGUGUGAGCGUGUGUGCAAGCGUGUUUCAACUGUCUAUGUAAAUAUAAUAUGUGUGAAUUUCUAAAUUUCCUGUUUUUCUUACUAUUAGGAUGUUCUCAGCUGAAAUGUGAAAGCCACAAGGCUUUAGUUUGCUGGCUGCAAUAAAUGCUCAUUGCGCUGUUAAUCCUU